UCAUUUGUCAUCUUGAUUCUCAGCUUGAAUUAUGUCAACAGGGUAUUGAUAAACUUGAAAAUCAAUCUUUUAUCAACAAAUCAGUGAAAUAAUUAAUAAAAAUGGUUACAUUUGCACCAGACGAGAUCGGCUUAGCCGACAAAUCACCAUGCGCGGGAAUUAGAGCUGAUCUCAAACUGUGUUUACUCGCAAGUGAUUGUUGCAAAAAGGAUAGGAAAACACCUAGAGAAUGUCUAAAAGAUGGAACGAUUCCAGACGAAUGUAUUCAGCUGAGGCAAAGCUUCUUUGAAUGUAAAAGAUCUCUACUGGACAACAGAAGAAGGUUUCGAGGUCACAAAGGUUACUGAUGUAUGUACCAUAGUAGUUAUUCUUAUAUAGAGAGGAAUAGUUUGUUUAAUUUUAUGAAUGUAUAAAGUAUUACAUAAUAAUUUGUUUAAUAAAACUUGACUGUUGA